AUGGAAGCUCAAGCACUAAUUAUCACGUUCUUCUUCCUCUUUCUCUCUCUCACAAUCUUCAUCGGAAGAAGAAUCAAGCGAAAGCCUAAUCUCCCUCCGUCUCCGGCCUCUGCGCUUCCGAUUAUCGGUCACCUCCGCCUUCUCAAGCGGCCGCUCCACCGUUUCUUCCUCUCCGUCUCUCAAUCCCUAGGCGACGCUCCGGUCUUCUCCCUCCGUUUUGGAAACAGACUCGUUUUCGUUGUCUCUUCACACUCAAUUGCAGAGGAAUGCUUCACGAAGAACGACAUCGUGCUCGCGAACCGGCCUACCUCCAUCGCUGCAAAGCACAUCUCAUACGGCUACACAACCGUGGUCUCAGCUUCGUAUGGCGAACACUGGAGAAAUCUCCGCCGCAUCGGCGCCAUCGAGAUAUUCUCAGCUCAACGGAUCAAUAGCUUUGCCUCUAUCCGCCGAGACGAGAUCCGGCGGCUUAUAGUUCGUCUCUCACGGAACUCGUCUCACGAAUUUGCGAAGGUGGAUAUGAGAUCAAUGUUAUCUGACUUAACAUUCAACAACAUCCUCAGAAUGGUGGCCGGAAAACGUUACUACGGAGACGGCGCAGAAGAAGACUCGGAGGCGAGACGCGUCAGGCUGCUUAUAGCGGAGGCGAUGAGUAGUUUUGGCGCUGGGAACGUUGUUGAUUAUCUACCAGUCCUGCGUUGGGUCACGGAUAUCGAGAAACGGAUAAAGAAGCUGGCAUGUAGGCUUGAUGAGUUCUUGCAAGAACUGGUCGAUGAGAAACGAGCAGCUAAAGAGAAAGGGAACACGAUGGUCGAUCACUUGCUUUCUCUGCAAGAAUCACAACCUGAUUACUAUAGUGACCGCACAAUCAAAGGAACCAUACAAUCUUUGAUAUUGGCGGGGACUGAUACAUCAGCGGUAACAUUGGAAUGGGCAAUGUCGAGCUUGUUGAACAAUCCAGAGGUAAUGAACAAGGCAAGAGAAGAAAUGGACAAUAAGAUUGGUUUAGACAGGCAUGUGGAGGAGUCAGACAUUUCAGAUCUUCCUUAUCUUCAGAACAUUGUGUCUGAAACGUUUCGGCUUUACCCUGCGGGUCCGUUGAUGGUCCCUCACGUCGCGUCAGAAGAUUGCAAAGUAGGGGGUUACGAUAUGCCACGCGGCACUAUGUUAUUGGUGAACCUGUGGGCCAUACACAGAGACCCUCGGGUGUGGGAUGAUCCGGGGAGUUUCAAACCAGAGAGGUUCCAGAAAGAAGGAGCGGCUCAGAAGCUGAUGACGUUCGGGUUAGGAAGAAGGGCGUGUCCUGGUUCCGGAUUGGCUCAACUGCUAGUGAGCUUGACUCUAGGGUCUUUGAUUCAAUGUUUUGAAUGGCAGAGAGUUGGAGAAGAAGAAAUUGAUAUGAGUGAAGUUGGAGGCGUCACAAUGCCUAAAGCCAAGCCUUUGGAAGCCAUGUGCAGAGCACGCGCCUUAGUUGGUCAAAUUCUCCACCACUCAACCUGA